CAAUAACUCUAAGGGGUGAGAACUCAAAAUGGAGAAGGUCUGCUAUUCACUAGCUGAUCCACUUAAAGCUUCAAAGCAUCCUGUCUGAUUUCUACCUUGAUUUUCAUUUGCUGCCUCCCUACCAGAAUAUGUCUAGAAAUGAAGACACCUACGUGGAGUCCUGUACACCACUUUCCCGACAAGUUUCUUUGUGGCCUGAUUGUCGCAGCCAGUCUUUUCCUUCUCUCAGAAACAAAUUUCCUGAAAGGAAAAAAACUGGAUUUACUUGGAAGGAAUGAUAAGUACGUAUCCUUGGCCAACACCAGCAUCCCCUCACUAUGCCAAUUCACUGUGUGCAUUGAUCUAUACAGAACCACAAAUGUCAGUUCUUGGACAGCAUUUUCAUACCAAACAGACAGCAACUCUACUGACAUAAAUGAUCUCGAGCUCGGACUCUGCGGUGAAAACAAACAUCUAAGACUGUAUCUUUUUGGCACAGAGAUAGACAUUGAGCUUGAUUUAAUUCUUUUUAUAUGGCACAGUGUGUGCUGCAUAUGGGAUGGUAAUAAGAGACUGCUGGAAGUCUACCACAAUGGCACCCUAUUGUCUGAUAAAGUGAUUAACGGAACCAUGUGCCUGGAACCAGCCGGGAGCUUGGUGCUAGGGCAUUUGCACAAAAUCCAGAAUGGCUAUAUCGUUCGGGGCAGCAGCAGCUUCGUUGGCAGCUUGUACUACUUUCAACUGUGGGACAGAAUCAGAGAGCAGAGUGAGUUAACGAAAUGUUCCCCAGGAAAUAUCGUCAGCUGGAGGGAGGAUUAUUGGCACUUUGACAACAUAGUUCCAAUCGCUGACCCUCAUCUACGCUGUGGCUCAGAGGAAGCAUCAUCAACAGCUGCUACUACAUCAUCUCCACCCACAUCUACUAAUGGUAGCACUCCAACUUUCACUGGAGAUGCAACAACUGAAGAUAUGACCACAGCUGUUCCUGGAUAUACUACUAUACAUUAUACAACCAUAUCUGUCCCUGAGCCAACAGACAUGACAAGAGCCGAAUCCUCUACUACUGCUGCAACACCUCAAGCACCCGAGACCACAUCAAUGGUUAACCCAGAUGGGACCACACAUACACUCCUAUCCUCUUCCACAACAUCAACGCCCAGUACCUCAGUUACCGUGCCCGGGACUACGCAUCCAUUGAUAUCUGCUGGGACCACAACUUCACCCACUUCCUCUUCCACAACAUCAACACCCAGUACCUCAGUUACUGUGCCCGGGACUACCCAUCCAUUGAUAUCUGCUGGGACCACAGCUUCACCCACCUCCUCUUCCACAACAUCAAUGCCCAGUACCUCAGUUACCGUGCCCGGGACUACCCAUCCAUUGAUAUCUGCUGGGACCACAGCUUCACCCACCUCCUCUUCCACAACAUCGACACCCAGUACCUCAGUUACCGUGCCCGGGACUACCCAUCCAUUGAUAUCUGCUGGGACCACAGCUUCACCCAAACCUAAUGAGACUGUUCCUACCUCCAAACCUGGUGAGGCUACAUCACAACCUAUUGUAACUACAUCUACCACUAAACCUACUAGUAUUUUGCCUGUUUCCAGACCAACAGUGACAACCUUAUCUACAGAUACCAAAACCACAUCCAAACCCUCCAAGUCCACAUCUGUAUCUACACCUGAUCUGUCCACUACAGUAAAAUCAGAUAAAAAAGUUACCUUCUAUGACAUCAAAAUGAACUUUUCUCUCUUCUACGAAACUCAGAGAACUCCUGAUUAUUAUGAUGCAAACAACCUUGCUAAAAACUGGUUUAAUGCCAGAUUUCCUGAAGGUGAAUGUGUUGUGACAAAUUAUUAUGUAACUGCAGGCAAAUACAGGAAUAAUUCUCCAGGAGGAAGUGUCCAGAGGAGAGCUGAUUUGGAGAAAAAGCAGAAUUCACAAAGCUAUGCCUCCAAAACCAUCAUAAAAGCCACAUCCACUCACUCACAAGAAUACUUGAUCAUCAUGAUAAAAAAACAGUUGCAGAUGAAGUACGAAGAGGGGCCCUUGUCUGUGGAACCUGAAGAUGUGAUUGUCAGUGCAAUUGCUCCAGGUACCUGCCCAGAAGAAUGGUCAACCUACAAAGGGAAGUAUCUUUGGACACAGACUAAUCCGGCUAGCAAAACUGAAUUAAGAUGUGUGAAAAAUUCUAAGCAGUCUGCCACCAGGAGUUGCAUGAUAAAUAUUAAGAGUGAGAAAGCUUAUUGGGGAAGACCAAAUAUGAGACAAUGUAAAUUGCUGGAAGAACUUCCAAAUAAUAUUGUGGGUCUUAAAAACGUUACCAUAACAGAAGAAAAUGCAGAGGAUAUUGCAGAGCACCUUUUAAAUCUGAUGAUAAACUUUACAAAAUUGGAUAAGGUAGAAACUGAGGUUAUCGUAAACAAAGUCUCUGCUAUUUCAAAGUGUGAUGACAUAAGCAGGCCACUUGCUGAGACUACAUUAAAAAUACUGAACUCUAUUUUGCUGAAAGAAAUGAAUACACAGGGCUUGCAAACAGAGACCAAUAGAAUCUUAAGGACAACUGAAGAGAUCGGUUUCAAGAUGCCUUAUACUGGGAGAAAUGAAUCAAUCGUGUUGGCUGUAUUGGCUUUGGCCGUGAUACGUCCAGAUCCCCGUGGUUUCCAAGGAACAGCCUUUGGUGUUACCUCCUACAAGGAAGGCAUUGAUCCCACGAUUGAUAUACGUGAAGAACCUUUUAAAAAGGCCUGUGCUGCUGUGUUUUUGCCAAGAUCGCUGAGGAACUACUUGGGGAGCCAAUCUUUAGAUCCAGAACAUCAUUCAAAGAUUCAGUUUAAUUUUUUUGGAAUAACUUCAUUCUUUGUGGAUAACAGUCUCGGGGAUAAAAGGUUGAACACCUAUGUUGUGAGUGCCAGCAUUGAAAAUGUAUCAAUUCACCACCUCAGUGAGCCAGUGAAUAUUAUCCUACAGCAUAUAAAACCAAAUAGGAACAAAUCUACAGAGCACUGUGUGUUUUGGGACUUUAUGAAGAACAAUGGACUGGGUGGCUGGAAUACAUCGGGGUGUGAAGUGAAACACAGAAAUAUGUAUUACACAAUCUGUCAUUGUAACCAUCUUACCCAUUUUGGAGUGUUGCUGGACUUAACCCGGAGAGAGACAGAUGGUGUGAAUCAUCGCAUAUUAACUCUGAUAACCUAUGCAGGAUGUGGAGCCUCUGCCCUUUGCUUGGGGGUAGUGCUGGUGAUGCACCUAACUCUUGACAAGCUUCGCAGAGAUUAUCCUUCAAAAAUCCUGCUAAAUCUCUGCACUGCACUGCUGAUGCUAAACCUGGUAUUCCUGGUCAAUUCCUGGCUGUCGUCAUUUAACAACCAUGGCCUGUGUAUCACAGUGGCUGUGUUCCUUCAUUAUUUCCUGCUUGCAGCCUUCACAUGGAUGGGCCUGGAAUCUCUUCACAUGUACUUUGCUUUCAUCAAAGUCUUCAGUAUAUACAUUCCAAACUAUAUACUGAAAUUCUGCAUUGCUGGGUGGGGGAUACCAGCUGUUGUAGUUGCUACUCUCCUCAUUAUAAAUGUGGACUUUUAUGGCAACGGAUCAGUUUCUAAAAACCAGAACUCAUUCACUUUUUUUUGCUGGAUUCAAGAUGAUGUUGUCUUUUACAUCUCCGUUGUCGCCUAUUUCUGCUUAAUAUUUCUGAUUAACAUAAUGAUGUUCAUCAAUGUUCUUCUUCAAAUUCGUAUCGUGAAAUCAAAGCAGCAAAUAAAAUCCAAGAACUGGAAGCAGGGCUUUCUCCAUGAUCUGCGGAGCACGGUCAGCCUGACAUUCUUACUCGGCUUAACCUGGGGUUUUGCCUUUUUUGCCUGGGGAUCAGCAAGGAUUUUUUUCUUGUAUGUCUUCACCAUUUGUAACACACUGCAAGGGCUUUUUAUCUUUGUAUACCAUUGCCUGAUGAAAGAGACAGUGAGGAAGCAGUGCCAAGUGAACUUUUGCUGGGGGAGGUUUCGGCUCAAUAAUUAUUCUGAUUGGAGCAGGGCAGGAACAUCUGCUGGAUAUAAACCAAGAAAUUUAGAGCAUAAACUAUCAUCGCAUUCUUUGAAAUCAACCAAGUCUCUGAAGUCUAAUGCAACAAGCUCAACUUCCAAUGGUUCAGGCUCCUUACCGGAGACAUCUUUGGAUAUGGACUUGAGAGCAGCUGAGGUGCAAUACAACCCAGGCUCUGUAACUCCAUCUGCUUAUCAGUGAAAACAUCCUCGGGCAAGAAGAAUAUCACCUGUGGAUAUAUAACUGCACAGUAUGCAGAAAACUAAGUUUUUGCAGUGAUACCCAACCUAUUUUUUUCUGCUUAGCUGAAGACUGUCUAUUUUGUGGCCUGUACAAAUAAAUGUUUAUCCUAGUAUUUAUUUAAUUAUAAAAUAAGCAUUCUGAAGAUUGUUAUAGGGCUAAAGUCCUGCUCAUGCAACCUUUUUGGCUUCAAGGGGUUGCAUUCCUUCCUGCAUAUGUGGGGAGAAUUUGGCCCUCUCGUGUGUGUGGUGGUUGCAGUAUCAAGCCCCUGAUGUUAAGUCUUGAUUUCAUAAUGGAAUGCUGCUGAAUGAUGAUGUAUGUGACACAAAGAUCCAUUAAUGAUUUUUGUAACUGUCUGAUUUAAUUGUUAAUUAGCAUCAGCAUAUCAAACCAUGUUCGGAUCCAAAAGCUACACUUAACUUACAAUUAAUAAAAUGCAGAACUGGUAAAAAACAUAGGCGUGGAGUUUCCCAGUAAGAAGAGCAUGAAACAAUAACCCUGGAUGUAUAAAAAUGUCUCAUUUUUAGGGAGUGGCAAACCUUAUGGAUGGUGAGGCCAUGUCUACACUAUAUACUUUGGUCGAUGUAAGUUAGAUCAGUGUAAAGCCGCUGCAGCUAGUAUAUUGCUCACGCGCAUGCUGAGACGUGAGUAGCAAUUGCACUCUGGAAGCCUGCAAUGCCAGAUUGCUACUGGUCAGUGGAAAAUCAUUUUGGAGUUGGAAAAUCCAGUGAGGGCUGUUGCCAUGCAAGUGUGCAGGGCCAUUAAUAAUCUCCUGUUAUGCAGAACUGUCUUGGCAAUGUGCAUGGAUGGACUUGG